CCACAAAGCACAAGUCUGCUGUUUUCACGCUAACCAUAACCGUUCAGGACCUAUCAUCGUUGUAACCAUCGUGCCCGCCAUGGACCUGCUUCCUGUCACUGUCAGCGACAUCGGCAUCAUGAACGGCCUCGUGGGCAUCAUCAUCGUCACGAACUCGAGCAGAGGCCAUCACUUCGUUUACAAAUACCCACGGGAGCAGCAGCACAACAGCAACAAUGUGCGACAUCCGUCUCAUCGACCACCAGAAUCGAAAUCAAAACCGGCUGCCCAACAGGCAGAGGAGUUCCAAGUGACCUCCAAGAUCCUUGGAUACGAUCCUCAGUUUCUUGCCAAUCUUCUCUCGCCAAAGCUGGCUCUUUGCGAUAAGCGGUUCCAAUUGACGGUCGACGAUCUCACAUUUGUCGGGCAUCCAGUAUCGCUUGCCGGACCCGAUUUUCGGCAAAGACGUGGCUACUGGAAGUGGAAGGCAGCUCGGCCGCCGAAGCAGCGUGUCAAGAGAGGCUGGAUCGUGGGCACGGCACCGUUCAUGGACGACGAUGAAUCAGACUCGGAUGAUUAUUACGAGGAAUCGAACGAUGAUACAGAUUCCGCACGGGGAUCUAUCUCCGGCAGGAUCAUCAAGGAGGGAAAGGAGACGCAGCUUCGACGAGGUUCAAAGGACGAGGGCGACAUUGCGAUCGCGACCAGGUCAUUGACAGAUCCGAUCGGAUGGCGAAAUCAGCGGUUCAGGAGUCAAACGUACAACUCGAACCCAUCUUCGCCAGCAUCUGGAGAUAGUCCGCUCUCGGCACAAACAUCACAGCAACAGACGCCUUCUCUUACACAACAAUCUAAUUUUGGGUCGUCAUUGCUCCAUCAUCCUGUGUCAAUGCCGCAGACGCCAACAGGCGGCAUCCAAAGCAACUUUCACACACACUUGGGCGUUCCACCGCCUAUUCAAAUCACGCAGGGAUUGGUAUCAAAUGCUAUUGCGCAGAACGCCUCGACUCCAUCCAGUCACCAUCAGCAAAUGUCAUUUUUCCAUGUCGUGUUCGUACUCAAACCGCCAGAGCUGCAGAUCAACUCUGUGGCGGAUCAAGUCUACAAAAACAUUGCAUGCAAGUUAACAGCGGCCCUGCGGUAUGAGGAACUGAACAGCCAAUAUGUCAGCAAGGAAGCAGCAAAGAUCCUUAGUAUCCGGGAAGAGGCAACCCAAGCAUUAUUAAGCUUUGAAAAGUUCCACGAACAAGUACUGACCGAUUCCUCGCUUGCAAGAGCUGUCCGGUCCAUUUACGAAUGUAUCACUGCUGACAAGGUCUGCCAUGUCGUACUAAACGACUCGAUCGAUAUUUCGCUCCAAAUCCCACAUCUUGCACCAUUACAAAGGACGGCUACGUACUUUACGCGGCAGAUUCAAAGCUCUGCUCCAACCGAAAGUCCCACAGGAACGCCUUCCAGCGGUCAAAAUGGUUAUAACGCAUCGGGAUCACAGCAGGCUCUGAUGACACCAAUGACAGCACAGUAUGGGGGGCUCGCAGGGAUAGGGUACAUCAUGGACGACUACGAAAUCGGUAUCGCGUACGAGUAUGAGAAUUUCCCAGUCUUGCUUCCAUAUCACACACUUUUGCUGCUCGAGGAUCCCGAGGAAAUUUUAAAGGACAUCCCACUGGAUGCCAACCCUACGCUGGUCAAGUUGGUGCAAAUCCUUGUUCCUUAUCAAUGUCUGGACGAACUGCAAUAUAUUUUGGACUGCUCGAUGGCGCAAAUUUACCGAUUGGCAUCGCACUUGAUCUACUGGCGAAAGGCGAAACUGAUCGACCAGAUCCGAGUCAGUAAUGUCUAUGUCGUUGCACCACAGGCCGAGGUUAACGAAGCCCUGGUUACGGACUUUUCACAGCACUUCCCAACGAUCUCCUUGCCAAAUAUUCUCCACGAACUCUCAACGCCCAAAGCCUACAAGGCUCAUAUACCCGGAGCCGGCAAGGACAAAGAAGUCCAGACGGUCUAUCUCGACCUGUUGACAUAUCUGCUGCGCAAGGAUCUCAUCGUUCAAUUACACACCUACAUCCUAGUCCUUGUUCCUGAAUUCAUCAAAACCGGAUGCACCGCAGAGGAAUACGACCAUAUGAUGGGAGAAGAAAACAGCGGCGCCCUCACCCCGACACUUGAGUCCCCGACGGUCAUCGGAGGCGGACAGACCGGAAGUGCCAAAUCCGCGGACUUUGCGCAAAUGGCAAUGAUGCAACAGCAUCAACAGCAGCAGCAGCAGACGUCCCAGAGACAGCAGGCGCAUCGGUAUCAUAAUAGGUCUUCGACAGGAUCGGGGGCUCAGGGUGGACCUGCGAGCGCGGGAGCAGGGAUGAGUUCAAGUCUCAAGUCCCAUCUGAGUAUGCCGUUAAUGAAAUUGAUGGGUAUGAGACAGGAUGCGAGCUCGAUUAUGCCGAACCCGGGACAGGCCUCGGAGAUGGAACGCGAGUGGAUGGUACGAAUGUGUGAGAACCAGCCGCAGAGUGUCGCAGAGCUCUUUAUGAGCAUCAUGUCGAAGAGAUUUUGUUUCGCGAGCAGAUUGUUGCCAAGGAUCUCAAGACGGUUUUGACAGCGUUUCGCGAGUUUUUGAUUCUGACUUGGGCAUAAAUGCAGGCUCCUCCUCCUCCUCCUCCUCUCGGCAUGUCAAUUAAAGACCCCUUCACUUUUUUUUUAACUUUAUAUGUCGUGCAGUCGUUUUGAUUUUUAUCGCUCAAGUAGCGGAGCGUUUGCGCUACAUAUUCCUUCAACAAUUUUAUGCGUGUCACCUUCGCGG